CGGAGCCCCAAUCAAUUAUCCCUAUAUGUGUAUAUAUAUCUGCCCUUCGUUUUCUUCCUUACAACCCUAACUUUAUUACACCCCGCCCGGCCAUCAAUGUCGUAUUUCUCCGACCACCACCAUCAAGAAAUGCAGCUAUUCUCUCAUGCUCCGCCGUCUUCUUCCUCACAACCUCCAUGUUGGCCUCCGUCGGCCGGUCCGUACGACUCGUCCAUCGACCAUCUGUCGCUGGACCUACGAUUGUCGAUUAGCGUCACACCAAUCAAGCCACCAUCGGAACGUUCCCUACUAAGAAAAGCUCGCGACCGCAACACGGCCGACGCCCUGAAGUGGGAGGCGGCCGAGCAAAUCCGGCUGGCGGCGAUGGAGAAGGCCUACGCGGAGCGCGUGAUGGAGAUGACGAAGAGGGAGAUGGAGUUAGCGCAGUCCGAGUUCGCCCGGGCGCGCAGCUUGUGGGAGAGGGCGAGGGAGGAGGUCGAGAGGGCGGAGCGUGUGAAAGAGAGGGCCAUCGACACGACGGACCCGACGUGCGUCGAGAUCACUUGCUUGUCGUGCAGGCAGAAGUUUAGACCUUAACAAGAACGCAAUAGACGUUCUUGUUUGGGAAAAAUAAGGAUUUGGGAGUUGUGUAUUACACACAUGAGUUAUUAGGGAUGUUAUUGCAUGGAUGAAUGUAUGUAUGGUGGAGGGAUUGAGAGAGAUUUCAAUGGUUUUUCUUGAUCUCAUGAUAUGUAUGUUAUGUUUCUUGACAACAUUGUGAAGAUGUUGAAAAGGGUACUGUCAUACAUUUUACAGCCUGAACAUAUGUACUGUUAUUGCAGCAGAUGUAUUUCUUGAAACCCAUUUGAAUUGAUGGUCUUUUUUUUCU